CCUCGCACUCACUGGCAGCCAUCCUAGGCUACUGGGCAAAUUUGAGGUCAGAGGGAGAGGAUGGGGAAUGAGGUUCUACUUAGACCCCAGCAAGCCCCAACUUGUCCACAGGAUGGAUUUUAAGCGGCGACAAGGACCGGCCCCUGGGGUGCCUCCAAAGCGGGCUCGUGGGGGCCUCUGGGAUGAGGACGAGCCGUCACAGGAUGAGAACUUGGCGCGGCUGGAGGAGAUAGAGGCUGAGAACCGGCUGCAGGAGGCAGAGGAGGAGCUGCAGCUGCCCCCAGAGGGCACUGUGGGCGGGCAGUUUCCCACUGCAGACAUUGACCCACGCUGGCUGAGGCCCACCCUCCUUGCCCUGGACCCUGACACAGAGCCCCUCAUCUUCCAGCAGCUGGAGAUUGACCACUAUGUGGGCUCAGCGGUGCCCCUGCCAGAAGGCCCCCCAGUAUCCCGGAACUCAGUGCCCGUACUGAGAGCCUUUGGGGUCACCGAUGAGGGCUUCUCCGUCUGCUGCCACAUCCACGGUUUUGCGCCCUAUUUCUAUGCCCCUGCACCUCCUGGUUUCGGGGCUGAGCACCUGAGCGACCUGCAGCAAGAGCUGAAUGCAGCCAUCGGCCGGGACCAGCGUGGCGGGAAGGAGCUGUCUGGGCCAGCAGUGCUAGCUAUAGAGCUGUGCUCCCGUGAGAGCAUGUUUGGGUACCAUGGUCACGGCCCCUCUCCAUUUCUUCGCAUCACCCUGGCGCUACCCCGCCUUAUGGCACCAGCCCGUCGUCUCUUGGAACAGGGUAUCCGUGUGCCAGGCCUGGGCACCCCGAGCUUCGCACCCUAUGAGGCCAAUGUGGACUUUGAGAUCCGGUUCAUGGUGGAUGCUGACAUUGUAGGCUGCAACUGGUUGGAACUCCCAGCUGGAAAGUAUGUUCGGAGGACAGAGAAGAAGGCUACGCUAUGUCAGCUGGAGGUGGAUGUGCUGUGGUCGCAUGUCAUCAGUCACCCGCCAGAAGGCCAGUGGCAGCGCAUUGCGCCCCUGCGCGUGCUCAGCUUUGACAUCGAGUGUGCUGGCCGCAAAGGCAUCUUCCCUGAGCCGGAGCGCGACCCUGUGAUCCAGAUCUGUUCCCUGGGGCUGCGCUGGGGCGAGCCAGAGCCAUUCUUGCGCCUGGCACUCACACUGCAGCCCUGUGCCCCUGUCCUGGGCGCCAGAGUACAGAGCUACGAGCGGGAAGAAGACCUGCUGCAGGCCUGGGCCAAUUUCAUCCUCGCUAUGGACCCUGACGUGAUCACCGGCUACAACAUUCAGAACUUUGACCUCCCAUACCUCAUCUCUCGAGCACAGACCCUAAAGGUGGAGCACUUCCCUUUCCUGGGUCGUGUGACUGGUCUCCGCUCCAACAUCCGUGACUCCUCCUUCCAAUCCAGGCAAGUCGGCCGGCGGGACAGUAAGGUGGUCAGCAUGGUGGGUCGAGUUCAGAUGGACAUGCUGCAGGUGCUGCUGCGGGAAUACAAGCUCCGCUCUUACACGCUCAACGCUGUGAGCUUCCACUUCCUGGGUGAGCAGAAGGAGGAUGUGCAGCACAGCAUCAUCACGGACCUGCAGAACGGAAAUGAACAGACGCGCCGCCGGCUGGCGGUGUACUGCCUGAAGGAUGCCUUCCUGCCGCUCCGGCUGCUCGAGCGCCUCAUGGUGCUGGUGAACAAUGUGGAGAUGGCUCGGGUCACGGGUGUGCCCCUUGGGUACCUGCUCAGCCGUGGCCAGCAGGUCAAAGUUGUGUCUCAGCUGUUGCGCCAGGCCAUGCGCCAGGGACUGCUGAUGCCAGUGGUGAAGACGGAGGGAGGUGAGGACUACACGGGAGCCACUGUCAUUGAGCCCCUCAAAGGGUACUAUGACGUCCCUAUCGCCACCCUGGACUUCUCCUCUCUGUACCCCUCCAUCAUGAUGGCCCAUAAUCUGUGCUACACCACGCUGCUACGGCCCGGGGCUGCCCAGAAGUUGGGCCUAAAGCCAGAUGAGUUCAUCAAGACACCCACCGGGGAUGAGUUUGUGAAGUCAUCUGUGCGGAAGGGCCUCCUGCCCCAGAUCCUGGAGAACCUGCUGAGUGCCCGCAAGAGGGCCAAAGCUGAGCUGGCUCAGGAGACAGACCCCCUACGGCGACAGGUCUUGGAUGGACGGCAGCUGGCACUGAAAGUGAGUGCCAACUCUGUGUAUGGCUUCACUGGCGCCCAAGUGGGCAAGCUGCCAUGUUUGGAGAUCUCCCAGAGUGUCACUGGGUUCGGGCGGCAGAUGAUUGAGAAAACCAAGCAGCUCGUGGAGUCCAAGUACACCCUGGAAAAUGGCUAUGAUGCCAAUGCCAAGGUGGUCUACGGGGACACGGACUCUGUGAUGUGCCGCUUUGGUGUCUCCUCGGUGGCGGAGGCGAUGUCUCUGGGGCGGGAGGCUGCAAACUGGGUAUCCAGCCACUUCCCACCACCCAUCCGGCUGGAGUUUGAGAAGGUUUACUUUCCAUACCUGCUCAUCAGCAAGAAGCGAUAUGCUGGCCUGCUCUUCUCCUCCAGUCCUGAUGCUCAUGACAGAAUGGACUGCAAGGGCCUGGAGGCUGUGCGCAGGGACAACUGUCCCCUGGUGGCCAACCUCGUUACAUCCUCACUGCGCCAAAUCCUUGUGGACCGGGACCCUGAUGGUGCAGUGGCCCAUGCAAAGGACGUCAUCUCAGACCUGCUGUGCAACCGCAUCGACAUCUCCCAGCUGGUCAUUACCAAGGAGUUGACCCGCGCAGCAGCAGACUACGCUGGCAAGCAGGCUCAUGUGGAGCUGGCUGAGAGGAUGAGGAAGCGUGACCCCGGCAGCGCGCCCAGCUUGGGUGACCGAGUCCCCUAUGUGAUCAUUGGUGCUGCCAAGGGUGUGGCCGCCUACAUGAAGUCGGAGGACCCCCUGUUUGUGCUGGAGCACAGCCUGCCCAUCGACACUCAGUACUACCUGGAGCAGCAGCUGGCCAAGCCGCUACUGCGCAUCUUUGAGCCCAUUCUGGGUGAGGGUCGCGCAGAGUCCGUGCUGCUGCGUGGUGACCACACACGCUGCAAAACUGUGCUCACCAGCAAGGUGGGAGGCCUCCUGGCCUUCACCAAGCGCCGCAACUGUUGCAUUGGCUGUCGCUCUGUGAUCGACCAUCAAGGAGCCGUGUGUGAGUUCUGCCUGCCACGGGAGUCGGAGCUCUAUCAGAAGGAGGUGUCACACUUGAACGCCCUGGAGGAACGUUUCUCGCGCCUCUGGACACAGUGCCAGCGCUGCCAGGGCAGCUUGCAUGAGGACGUCAUCUGCACCAGCCGUGACUGUCCCAUCUUCUACAUGCGCAAGAAGGUGCGUAAGGACCUGGAGGCCCAGGAGCGGCUGCUGCAGCGCUUCGGACCUCCCGGCCCUGAGGCCUGGUGACCCAGCAAGGGACGGAAUAAAGUUUAGAUUUUU